CUAAAUAAUGAAAUAUUCAAAAAGGGUUUGAUCUUAGCCAUUGGCUACGGAUAAGGCAUAAAAGAAAAAGCAGAGUCAAAGACUCAAAGGUGGGUGAGAGAGAGAGAGAGAGAGAGAGAGAGAGAGAGAGAGAGAGAGAGAGAGAGAGAGACUAAAUCAAUCAAGAAUUUAGGAGAGGGAGACGUGUUUCUGCUGAUUCAUCUUUAGGGGCCAAGAACAAAGCUUGUAUUGUUGUCCUCUGUCUCUGCUUUAAUGCUUUCUCUUUCUCUCACUUGUUUGGUCCUAACAAAGAUUCCUUUCCUUGUCCCUCGGCAAAGAUAAGGAUCUUUAAACUUGUGUCAUCUCGUUGCUGUAAUAAUAUCAGAGAAAUCGAAAAUGGGUUCAACAGUUCACUACUGUUGUGUCUCAAGAGGCAAUCAGAUUCUGUACGGUUACAACAAUGGCGGAGACCACCACCGUAACGAAAGUCUCGCUGCCUUGUGUUUAGAAAAGACUCCGCCUUUCCACAAGUGGUACUUCGAAACCAUAAGUAAGAGGACCUUCGGGUUCUUGAUUGAAGAAGAUGGGCUCGUGUAUUUCGCCAUUGUUGAUGAGGUUUUCAAGAGAUCUAGCGUUCUUGAGUUCCUUGAGAAUCUGAGGGAUGAGUUAAAGAAAGCAGACGAGAAGAAUUCAAGAGGAAGCUUCUCUGGGAGUAUCAGUUUUAACAAUGUUCAAGACCAGCUUGUUCGAAGACUCAUAGCUUCGUUAGAGCGUGUUGCUGAGAGUACUAAUCAUCUCACUUGUCUUCCGUUAUCAUCACCUUCCAUUGAUGGUGCUGGACAAAGCGAUGUGGCUAUUUCCACUAAAGCCCCGCUUUUGGGAAGAUCCAACAAGCAAGAGAAGAAGAAGAAGAAAGGGAAAGAUCAUGUGAACACAUUGAGAGGCGUUGAGGUAGAGGAACAACGGAAAUCUACUGAUAGAGGAAACGUUACUGAGUGUUCUAAUGCCUCAUCUGCAGCAGCAGCAGCAACAUAUGUUCCAAGAAGGGAUCGAUCUAGUGGCUCGCAGAGCUUUGAAAAGAAGUGGCGGCGUCAAGUGAAGAUUGUUCUUGUCAUUGAUGCAGCUAUUUGUUUGACUCUACUUGGUGUUUGGUUGGCCAUUUGUCAGGGCAUUCAGUGUAUACGUUCUUGAUUAACAAGCCCUCUUCUCCUCUAAGUUCUUACUUUCACCUUGAUUGAUUGGUCUAUUAUUCUCUCUCAUAUGUAUUUCCUUUUCUGUAAUUCUGAUAUAGAUACUGCAGUUCUGUAAGAGGCUCAAGUUUCCACCUGGGUUUGUGUAUGUAUGAUUUGUUGAA